UUUUUCUUUUGGACGAUGCAUGGUUGACAGGGGCAAAAGGCUUCCUCUCUCUUUAACUUAAAAAUGAUUGAGUGCUAGGGGGCUGCAUCCACAAGCGUCCGCGCUCCUUCAGUAGAAAGCAUCAUUUGGCUUCUGAUCAUCUCGAACUCUAUCUGAGGGGCUGGAGCUACACCGAGAUUGUUACGUCAAAGUUGUUGCCAAUCGCAUACAACAUCAAGAUAAACUCAGCCAACUGGAAAGAUUUGGCUUCCAUUUCCAACCACCUCACAGAAGAUGAUCCUGUUGGUCUUGCUGUAUACUGCCUUAGCAGUCUUGAUCUGCCUCCUUCUCCACUUCCUCUAUGAGGAGCACAUCUUUAAGGUUCUCCACCUCCCUCCUGGACCUAGAUCCCUCCCUCUCCUUGGCAACAUCUUCCAGAUCAACCCCAAGCAGCUGCAUCUCUCCCUGUCUGACCUUGCCCGGAAGUAUGGGGCGACAUUCAGCAUCAAGUUUGGCCGGGAACGGGUGGUGAUCCUCAAUGUGGCAGAGACGGUCAAACUGGCCUACAGCGGGGAGGCUAUCACAAGCCGGCCCAAGAUAUUCUCCAUUGAUUUCUUCAUCAGCAAAGGCUUCAUGGCCUGCACUGACCGCCAGCAUUUCAAGAUUCACACCAAGGUCAUGAAGCAUGCUUUCCGGGUCAUCAGCAACACCAGCCUGGGGACCAAGCUGGCCGAUGAAGCGGAUAGCCUCAUUAAGACCUUUGAGGGCUAUGAUGGCCAGCCGUUCGACCCCCGAGAUGACACCAAUCUGGCCUCCCUCAAUGUGCUCUACAACAUCGCAUUCGGGAAGCGCUACCAGAAGGGGGAUGCAGAACUCCAGGAGAUUUUUGAUUAUUCCCACGACAUCAUGAAGGGGGUUUCCCCAGUCCAUCCCAUCAACCUCAUCCCCUGGCUGCAGAAUAUUCCAAACCCAUGGAUGGACUCCCUCCAAAGGGCCAAGGACAAACGAGACCAUCACCUGCUGACUCUGUACCAGCAGCACAUGGACACUUACGAGGAAGGGACAAUAAGAGACAUGGUGGAUGCUCUCAUCCGAGUUGCGAGGAAGGCAGAGAAAGAGGACGAUUGCCAGACACUAGAACUGUUGUCACCGGAACACAUCACAACCAACAUAUGGACCAUUUUCUUUGCAGGUACAGACACGGUGCUGAAUGCCCUCUUGUGGGUCUUUCUCUACAUGGCAGCUUUUCCUAAAGUGCAGCAACGAAUUCAAUCACAGAUUGAUGAGGCUAUUGGAAGAGGUAGACUUCCCUCCCUUGAGGAUGAACUAACUUUACCGCUCCUUAGUGCGACAAUCUAUGAAACGCUUCGAUACAGUUCUUUAUCACUGUUGGGUGUACCACAUGCAGCUGUAAUGGACACUGAAGUGGAUGGAUUCUACAUUCCAAAAGGUACACAAGUGAUGGCCAACUUCUGGGCAAUCAAUCAUGACCAGCAGGUUUGGCACAAGCCCUAUGAGUUUGAUCCCGACAGAUUCUUGGACCCAGAAGGGAGGCUGAGGAGCCUCAAGGAGUUCCCCUACUUCAUGCCUUUCUCCACAGGCCAGCGGGCCUGCCUCGGUAAAAACAUUGGCAAGUCCGAGGUUUUCGUACUCAGUGCCUGCCUCCUGCAGAGAUUCACACUUGAGAUGCCCCCCGAGACACCGCAAGACUUACAGCCAAACAUCCACUUUGACCUGGUGCCAAAACCUUACAAGAUAAUAGCCAAGAGGAGAAACCUUCCCGGGCACUGAACUCUUCUGCUCGUCCUACACCUAUUCAACAUUUUUGACGACACCAUGUUUUGGGGAAAAAUGAAUGACUAAGUAACAUUAAUGUUAGAUUUUCAAAUGCUUCAUAUUUGCAAGUAAAAGUGAUUCCAUUUACAUGUACUUGGAGCUAGUAAUGUACAAGGCAUCUAUUAAGGGGAAAUCCUUGCAGUAGAAAAAUAAUACCAAAGGCAAAGAGGAAGCUAAGCCCCUGAAGUUGACUUAAAAAAUAUUUCAACACGGUUUGUAUUUACUCCAUUUUCACAUUUUUUAUACACCUACUGUGCAAGAAAUUAGACCCAAAAAGCGGUCAGACUAAGCAAACAUGUACUAGUACAAUCAAUUUCAUAUAGCUAUUUUCUGUUUGUGAUAGGACAAAUGUCAUAGGAACAAAACUCAACGUAAAAACAAAAAUGUUUUGCCUUCGAAAGUUUGUCUUUACAUUUCUGAUUUGUCUGACCACAUCUGCUCCUGGUUGGACAAAUACAAAAGAUGGUUGGAAAAUGACAAAUGUCCUACUGUAAUUUCAUGUUCAGUGGCUUCAUGUAAACAAUGAGAAUUAUUUUUACUCAUUCUAAUAUAAACAAAUUAAGCCAACGGUACAUGUAACAGUCAACAUUUUGCUAAAGGAUUGAAUCAUAUUGUUUUAAACAAUGCAUCAGAUAUGAUAUUCACAACAGGACAAAUUUGGUAGUCAGUAAACAACCAGGAGAAAAAUUGUCCCCCGAUUUUUUUGCCAAAAUUGUACAUUUUAAAAGAAGUUACCUUCAAGUUGAAGUACUACAUACAUUAUUAAACUGAUGCUAAAUACCCUGAUCAGAAGCAUAGCUCACAAAAAAGUGAUUAAGGCAUGGCUGAAAAAAUAUUGCGUGUGUUAGCUACAAAUUAAAAAAUUCCUUGAAUUUCCAAAUCAUGUACAUGUGAAGUGCUUUAAAAUAUUUAUUUGUUUAUAACUAUGCAAAACUGUGGCAUUACCCUUUAACACAAAUACCAAAGUCUAUGUAAGUAUGAAAAAUUAAUAUUUUUAUGUACUGUAAAUACUAAAUAUUGCAUUUGUAAAUGUUGUACAGUGUAAAUGUACAAUACCGGUGUGAUAAAAAUGUGUAUGGAUUGCGAGCUGGAGUAGAUUCCAGCUGCCCUUUUUUAGCACUCACAAGAUACACUGUACGUGUUAAAGGUUAUAACAUCUGGGACCCAAAGUCCUACUGGAACACAACUAUGUGUUACAAUGGUCAAAAGUGAAUUGUAUGCCCAGUGAUUUAUUGUAAAUUAUGCUGCCUUUUGCAAAUGUAGAAAAAGCACUUGGAAAUGAAACUGAUGUACCUAUAGUGUAAUUCAACCACCAGAAUUAGAAGCCAUUACUGCGGUGGCACAACGUGCGUAAAUAGGUAGCACACACACAUGCCACAUUGACCAAUAGGGUGUUGCGAUUUGCAAAAAAUGUGCGCGCCUCAAUAUCAGGAAUGUGAGUAUGACCAUGACACCACCACAGUAUGGCGUCUCCUUGGAUUAGUCUAUAGUGUAAUUCGACCACCAGAAUUAGAAGCUAUAACUGCGGUGGCGCAGGGCGUGUGGGCAGGUGGUACGCGUACGUUACAUACAUCUUCGACCAACAGGGUGUCGUGAUUUGCCACAUGCAUGCGUGCGUCAAGCUGAAGAAUGUGCGUGUGAG